UAUAUCAACGCAACUACUGAGGAGGCGGUAAAUACGUCAUCAGUCCGACCCGAGCGUGAACUCUCUGAACUGCAACAGUAGAGGCGUCGCUGCCAUUGCCGAGGCUAUGCGAGGACGACGACCAGACGGAACCGGAAAGAAGGGAAACGACGUUGUCCAGGAAGACUUUAGCAGCAUGUAAAGCCAAACUCUUCAAGUUUAGCUCGAAUAAUUCGUUUGAGGCGACGGUGCACGAGAUGCCGGGUCAACUCGAUGGAUUAAAAAACAGAAAGAGGAAAAACACAUCGGCAGCCAAGUCCCCUGAAAAGGGUUCUACCGCAAGGAGGAAAUGCGUGAAAAGUCCAAAGACACACAUGGCGGCAGAGAGCAGCUCAACGGGCGGCGCGGACGGAGAAGCGGCCACUAAUUCAGAGAGACUGUCUCGCAUCAGCUGCGAGUGCCUGCGGUCGGCGGGCAGGCGGCGAUGCUCGGCGUCGCCUCUGCUGGACGGAAAGGAAGGAAAAGAAAACCUGAGAGAGACUCCGUACGAUGUCGAGGACGGGCCCGAGGAGAUGGAUUGUGCGGAAGGGGACAAAAACGUCUUUCCCGAUGAUGACAGUAACCAGAUUCUUCCUGUCGAGCAGUUCUUUGGAAAUCUGGAUGCUGUGCAGGAUUUUCCUGCAAGAACCUCAGCGACUUCAUCCCGUCGCCAGAAGGAGCACCGGCGGCGGCAUUAUUUCGCUCGAGAGGACAGCGAUGAAGAGGAGGAGCGAGCGGAGGGAGACGGCACUUUAUGAAGAGUUCACGAUAAAAGAAAUGUAAUUCGGCCAAUAGGCUGUCGCGAACGCCGAGGACAUUUUCUUUCGGUACUGCAGCUGACGUGAGAAAGCCUUCCACUUUGACGUACGAAUAUGGCAAGUGUGCCUGUUCAUGUUUUUUUUUUUUUUUUUUUUUGCAUUGGAUAUAUUUGUAUUUGAUAUAUUUAAAAAAAGAAAAAGAUUUGAAACGCUAUGUGAUUCUUUGUUUGUGCUAUUAUACAUAUGGUUUCAACUAGUGUUGCAAGGGCUACAGCUACAGUACCGUAUCUUUUGGACUAUAAGUCGCAAUUAUUUUUUUUUUCAUAGUUUGGCAGAGGGUGCGUCUCUUGCUCUGAAACGACUUAUGUGUGAUUAUUUACGGUCGGGUCGGACUUCUCUCUCGCUAAAUAAAAAAAAAAAAAUAUAUAUAUAUAUAUAUAUAUAUAUAUUAGGGCUGUCAAAUUUAUCGCCUUAACGUGCGGUAAUAUUUUUUUUAAAUCAAGCAUGUUAAAAUAUUAAUUAAAGCAUGGACGGAAUGACCCGUUCAUGCGUUGCCUCAAACCGUUUACAAUGACGUCGUUUUGACACAUUAAAAGGUAUGUAGUGCCCUGGGAAAAUUUUAAUAUUCCAUCAUUUAUCCAUAAACGCAUGCCUUUUGUAUUCAUAUCAUGCCACUUCGUGUAAUUACACACAAGAAAAUGAGAGAAAUUUGGCUCGAUUGUCAAGCUAAAACGACCGGCGCCCGAGAUCUGGCAGAUUGUGUGCGUGACGUCACGACAAGUGAAGAGAGUGCCACCGGCCAUUAGGGGGGCAGCGCCUGUCUGCAUCAAUAGAAUUCCUUCUAGUGAGGGGAGAAUUAGGUGUUUUGAGCUGUUUAUGCUGAUGCAUUGUGUUCGUCGUGCACAUAUUCCAGGUUCCCUCAUGAAGAAACACCCCUCGUUGUCAAUAAAAGAGAAUUCAGAAUUGACAGUGAGGGGUGUUUCUUCAACAAGAAAAAGGCUCAGUGCUUUAAUACUGAAUGGCGGCGAUGAUGGCAGACAAUUUCCUUUCUAGUUUCAGCGACGAAUCCGACGUAGAAGGACGUAACGAAUGUUCAUCUAAUGGUGACGAGGAGAGUUACGAAGCUUUAAUCGGUGUUUUAGGUUACCAAUUUGAGCCCAAACGAACGCCAAUGCAGCGUAAUGAAACGGUCAUUGAGGGGAGCAAUGACACUGAUGAAACAUCGGCAGCAGAUUGUGUGGGAAACACCAAUGAUUUGUUUUGCAUUUCUUUUUGUGAAGCUGAUACACCGUGACUGCAUAAUAAAGGAAUGCAUAGAAUAAUUAUCAUUUAUUGCGCUAUCAUAGCUUUUUCGCUCUGCCAACAGACACAAAUAUGAAUGGGCUCAGAGGAUUUGUUCUAUAUGUUUUACGAACGAUAAUGUAUACAUGUGUCCAGUCCUGUAUCCAAUGUGUGACAUUUUUUAUUAUAAAACAGUACUCACUCUGGCCAUUUCGAGCUUGGCUGCUCCCCUCCUUUGCUUAGCCUUAGCCUCCUUUGCUAGUCAUCAUCCUCUUUCUUGAUAUCUCGGGACAUUUAGGUCGCUGCGCGUGUAUGGUCGGCACCGCAUCUCUUUUGAGCAGCAAUCUUUUAGCAAAAUCCGAUUUCACUUGUCCAUAGUUCGAGAAGCUUUCAGGUGGAAAAUGCGCACCACAGAAAAGCGUGCCGGAGGCUGUGUCUAGAAAAUUAGCCCUCUUUGCACGGACGAACUUUACCCAUCGUCUGCGUAGUCCAGUAUUUUUUUUCGCGUUCGGGAACUCGUGGAUACUAUAUUCCGAUAAAUAGCUAUUUGUACACCACAUAGCACAGCAGUUUUGAACCAUUUUUGAGAUGUUUUCGUCAAACAAACCCCAACGCUACUCUCUCGUCGUUAAAAAACAAUGGCACCUGGCUCCGCCUCGACUGUCAGUCACUUGUCGUGACGUCGCCGCCCCAUUCGGCUGUUUCCGGAACACUUUCGGGAAUGUUCGUCAUUUUCCAUCUAUUUUCGAUAAUUGCUCAUUAAUGUGAUUGUUUUUUUUUGUUAACUUUAUCAAUAUUUGUUAUCUUGGCACAUAACGGUUCUAUUGAUGUCUCACACCCCCUUUGCUGCUACAUCCCCUUUAAGACCGAAAAGGCAGAGAAAUGCGAGUGGACACAGGCGUUCAUUGGCUUAAGCAGCCUCGACUAACAGUCAUAGUUGCCCAACUUCCCAUCAUGCAUUUGGGCGGAGCAGGAGACGAUCUUUUUUUUAACACGCCUAAUUGAACACAACGCAGAACAUACCAUUUGCAGCCACCACUGACAGUCAUGGUUGCCCAACUUCCUAUCAUGCAUUUGGGCGAAGCAGGAGACGUUCUUUUUCUUAACACGCCUAAUUAAACACAACGCAGAACAUACUGUAUACCAUUUGCAGCCACCACUCAUAGUCGUGGUUGCCCAACUUCAUGUAUUUGGGGCGGACAGUUAAGUCGCUACAGUAUCAUUUAGUGAAAGCACAACAAAAAUAAUAUUCAUAUCCCUCCAAAAAAAUAAUGUUCACAAAAAGAAAAGCACUCAAUACAAAGAGAACUGGCAUUCCCAAUCAAAUAGCUAUGCAAAAUACACAUAAAUGUUAAUAAUGUUCAUGCCAUCUUGUGGAUUUGUUAUAAUAAAUGCAGUACUUAUGUACAGUAUGUUGAA